AUGGCGGCAUCCACCAUCCUCCUAACCGGAGCAACAGGCCUGGUCGGCGCCACAACACUCUUCCAACUCAUGACCCAAACCAACCACACCGUCAUAGCAGUCCUCCACUCCCGCGCCAAAUCCGAAGCAUCCCUCGCAACUAAAUACACCUCCCAGAUCUCCGCACGCCGCCUGUCCUUCCUCGAGAUUCCCGACAUGACACGUCCAGGCGUCUUCGACGAUGCAGCCGCCCAAUCCGACGCCAUAAUUCACAUCGCCACACCCCUAGCCUACGACGAUGUGAUUGAAAAGAUGGUUAAACCUUCCUGGACGAUCGUGCAUAAUGUCCUCCUUGCCGCUGAAAAGUCCUCCCGUACCAAACGAGUCAUCGUAACCGGGAGCAUGGUCGCCACAUUUCGAUUGCCAAAUGACUUGUUCUCAGGUAAGACCAUUACCGCCAAGAGCUGGAACGACAUCCCUUUCGAGGACGCUGGGCUCACUCCCGCGAAUGCGUACCAGUACUCCAAGGUCCAUUCCGAGCAGGAGGCGUGGAAGUUUAUGGCCGAGAAGAAUAGAAGCUUCGACCUGAUCUACCUGCUCGCGCCUGCGAUCACGGGCAAGAGUAUUCAUCCGGGCCUCGUGCCGUCGAAGGAGGCGUUGGGCGGACAGGCUGGGAUUUAUAGGGAUUUGUUCGAUAAGGAGACACCAGGGUUUGUGUUUCCUUAUUUCAUGGAUAUCGAGGAUGUUGCCAAAGUGCAUAUCAGGUCUCUUUCGCCGUCAGUGCCAGGCAAUGAGCGGUAUCUGUUCCAUGCGCGCGAGUUGAUGACGGGCAACGAUAUGGCGAGAGCCAUGCGCGAGGACUUUCCAGAAUUGAGAAGCCGUGUUCCUGCUCCGGAUGAGGCGGCGGGCGAUACCUUGCCGCGGAACCUGGUGAAGACGGCCAUUUCAAAGGCAGAGAAGGUCUUUGGGACCGAAUGGAACUCGGCGAGGCAGACCACCCACGAGACAGUUGCAGAUAUCAUUGCCUUUUGA